GCGAUGGCGGCGCUGGGCCGUCUCUGGCCGCGGGCUGUUGGCGGCAGAUUUUUUCUGCUGGGGCAAGCUGGAGCCUGUCCUUUCCAGCUCCGAACAGCCUCAGUCCUCUCAAGUUCCCUGGAGCUGCCUCUCGGAAGCCAUCUCUCCUUCAAGCCCGCAGGCGCCUGCCCCGGCCUCGCCGGCCCGCCGUCUUCCUGGAACCACCAGCAGAUCCGCACAAAAGCGCGCGGGAACGAGUAUCAGCCGAACAACCGCAAGCGCAAACGGACCCACGGCUGGAUCAAGCGCAUCAGCACGCCGGCUGGCAUCGAGGUUAUCCUCCGGCGUAUGCUGAAGGGCAGGAAGUCUCUGAGCCACUGAGGGCUCUGCCCGCGAGAUCGAUUUGGCGUGGGGCGAGCCAGAAUCGAGCCCUAGAGCUGGCCGUGGCUUUGGACUGACCUGGCCUGAGCGUCUGUGCUGAGGGAGGCUGUGCCGAGCGGCAGCGACCGACUGUCCCUUUCAUGGCUGGAGCAUGUGAGGAAUCGUGCUGGCUUGAGGGCGGCCUCCGAGGGCCUCGUUUAACGGCUGCUUUUUAAAUUGUAAAAUUAUUGCCGGUUUGUGUGUGUGAUUCAGAGAUAAACUUGUGAAAACAUGAGCUGUCAUUAAAGCCCCGCGACUCGCCUUCAA